CAAAUAUUUGCCGAUCGAAAAGUUACAAACGGCGUUUACGGAAUUUUUGGACGAAGUAUUUACUGCCGAAGAAUUUUCAUUUGGAAUUUCUUUGUCAGAACUACAUAGAACUGUGUCGAUUUCUUUUUCAAUUACACACAUUUGUUUUGCCUACUGUGUGACAUCAAUAUCGCUUGUUUUGCUGGCGAAAUAUCGGUGGAAUUCCAAAGCCUGCUCACUUUGAGAAUUCAUGGCGUCGGUCAAAGGCUUUGUGGUUUAUUUACUUGUUCUCUUUGGCGUUUUGGUUUGUAAAACACAAGGCCAACAACUUACAGGGACUUGGUAUGAACUGGGUGAUCUAGUAUCGUGCAAACGUGUCCCUAACGAACCGCCAUGUAAUAUAACCAGAUCUAAUUUUGUGUCUGACUACUCAUCGAGGCAAUACUACAAACUGAUGGAAAAGAUUUAUCGACUUGUUCGAGACAUUUCUCGCUUGGAUAGCCGCGCUCAAUGUACACAUGCCUACGAACAAUUCCUCUGUGCUCAGUACUUCCCCACGUGUAAGAAAGGCCAAGAUCCACGCUACCCUAACUUGAAAAUCAGUCGAAGAAUCAAACAUGAUGAAGCGAUAGCGUCGAAAUGCAGUAAAGUUAUAGCGUCAUGUAAUAGCUUUGUCGGAUCGAAAUUCGUUGGGGAUCGAUACUUUUUGUGUGAUCAUGUGGAUAACUACCCACCCGAUGGUUGGGAUCUCGAUCGUUGUGUGCAAUACGAUGAAGAAAGCCGAUGUAGAUCAAGUCAAGAAAAGGUGGGUUUUAUAACAAUUAACAACAACAGUUAACUAACUUAUAUAAUAAAUACAGUAAUUUAUUCAUGUUCAAUAAAGUGGUUUCGAAUUUUUGUUUCGUAUUCUAAUAUUUGUUCGAAAUUUUGAUUCGAACAGGAAUGUAACAAUUAAAAUAUUACUUAACCGUUUUAAUUCUCCCUGGAAUUAAUUUCGACUUUAAGUUAACAAGUUCAUAAAUAGGUAAAAUAUUUUAGGCAAGAUAAAAGAUAUUUAGCACUUGACUAUGCUCUCUUGUAACAAUUUCCGUUUUAAGCGUUUACUAAAAACCUUUGGGCUGAAUAAUAUAUGUAGCAAGAUAGCGGAGCCAGGUAUAAACAGUAUAAAAAGUACAUUGUACACCAUAUAGUACAAUUUUCAUUAUAAGUGCUCCCAAAUAUACAAGGUAAUACAGUAAAUAUUUUGUCUAAUGUUGGCCAAAAACAUUCUGGCAAAUACCAACUAGUCGGUAUCUAUUGAUAAAACAAAUCUAUGCACAAAUAUUCUAAUAUAAAUAUAAUCACAGAUAUAAAUCUUACUUGUAGAGCCUUUAUAGUAGGUUCCAACAUAAAGUUCCAAACAAACAUUCCUCAAUUAACAAUGCAAAAUUCCAUAUUUUAGAUACCAGCAUGGCUCCGGGACCACCAUGAUCAAGAAGUACAGCAGUUCAUGAACUUGACAACCUUCCGUCUUAACCAUACUUUGCCAAACUGGUGCCGAAUCCGAAUUGAGAAUUUCUUGUGCAGACAUCCAAUUUGUCGCAACAAUAAACUUCUGACAAACUACACCAGGCAAAGAUGCUCUAAUGAGCUUGAGUGGUGGGUAACAGUUAUAUUUUAAAAAGCAAUAAAAGUUGGUAACUGCAAUAAGCAUAGUCACUACAUAUGAAACUUAAUCUAUUAAUUAAGUUAAUCUGGCGUUAGACAAGUAAAAGAAAUAAGUAGGAUGCAUUGGGGCGCAUUGCGGCUCAAUGGGUUAACUAGAGACAUUGUCAGAUUUUUUGUCUAACCCGUUAAGCUGCAGAGUUUGUCCAUUGAUGAGUAAAAUCGCCUGGCGUUAGACAAGUAAAAAAAUUAGUAGGGUGCACUGGGACGCAUUGUAGCUCAAUGGGUUAAGCUGCAAUGUGUCCCAAAGCAAUCUUUGUAGGCUGGGGCAGUUUAUUGGUAAACCGAUAAAUAUUGGGUUUUUUUCAAAACUGGUUUCAUGGUUUCACAUAUAUUGGAAAACUGACAAAACUGACUGAAGAGUCAUAUACAUCGCCAUUUGUUAACAUAUGUGAGAGCUUGAUCGGAAUGCAGAAUGAUAUAAAACAUUCGGGCAAUUGAAACGCUUGGGGAAGCAAGGGAACAAUGGAAGUCUCGCAUUUUUUCCAUUCUGCCCUUGCACGCAUUCACCAAUUACUUGCAUGCCUUACAUUGCAUGUGAUUUUUAUGAGGCGUAUGCACCUCCGAGGUUUACUAGAACAGUAUAGAUUUUCAAUUAGAACAGUAAAUUUUUACUAAGUUUGGGCAGGUGCCUUGCAUGGUUCUUCGAGCCCCGUUUGCGCCUUGCCCAUUUAGGGUCUCCGAAUAAUUAGACUUUAUUGUACAGGUAAAAGCCCAAUUGUUAAACCAAAGCACUUGUUGUUAACCCAUCAAAUACAAUGUUCCCUAAUUUGUUAUUUUACUUUGUCUUACACCAAUCGAUUUUACUUGGCAACGGUGAACCUUGGUCAAACGAGGAUGAGAAUUGAUUAAAGUUGCAAUUCUCGCUCUCGUUUGACCCCCAAAUCUCCUCAAUUUUCAACUGGUUCAAAUAUUGAUGAGAGUUUUCACUAGGCGCACAGUAAUAUCCAGUCAACUCUCAUCAACGUUCAUGCAACUCUUUUUCUCGUUUGACCAGGGCAUGAGAGUUGAGAAAACUCUCAUGCAAACUCUCGCUUUUCAAUUCUCAUCAACCUCAGCCUUGUUUGACCAGGGCUUAAGGGUUGAUUGUUAAGGAGUUGGUGCCAUAACUUGCAUAAUUUUCUUUAUUUUCAGUGCUCGUUUUGUUCCUGGUGAGAUCAAUGUUGAUGCAAUAUGUUUGACCUUUUCCAGCACCUCGUCCUUGUUCUUGGCCAACCUUGUACUUAUAUUUAUAACUAUUCUGUUUGCUAUUUGUGUAGUUUAAGAUUUUUGACAUUUUAAAAAUGUGUAUGUGAACCAUGGGAAUAUAAGUAUGCAGUCGUACUUUAGUUUUCUAUUAGGCCCUCAAGUUGAACAUAAUUAUAAGUAGUGAGGGUAAAAGUGUGUUUUUGCAAGGUCGAAACUUGCCAGCAUUGUUAAAGUGCUUCAUUGUUGUUAGGAUAGGAUAAUUUGAAGUUUAAUUAGAACCGAUUGUAGGUAUAAUUAAGAAAAUCAUCACAAUGUUAAUAAGGGCAAUGGUGCCGCUGGGGGAGGAGAGUUGGGGCUGCGUGGGUUGUUGACCCCCAAAAUAUAAUCCUGGCGGUGCCACUGAAUAAGGAAAAUUAACUUGGGGACAAAUGUGCCAGAGUCGAACUCUUGGUAACCUAAAAUCAGUCUGUGAAUGACAAUCUUUAAGCAUAGGGCAUAGAAUGAAAGCUUGUAUAAAAAUAAGUAAUUUGUUUAUUAAUUUUUUUCUAAUGAAGACUUGCACCAAGUUACAAGUCUUGUACAGUAGCAUUGAGGGAUGCCGUAAAUUGCCGAGGGCAACGGGUGCAAUGUAUUAUCAAAAGGGUAUAAUUUUUAACAACUUUAGGGCACAAGCAGAAAUCAAGGGACACUUGCCUUUUUGAAACGUAAUUUAAAAUCAAAACCAAACAAAUCAAUGCAGACAGAAGGAAUUUACCUAAAUAAUCUGUUCGUGUUGAAUCUUAUGUGCAUCUGUUGCACCCAUAGCCCAUAGUCUAGCCUGCGAGCAGGCCAGGCCAUAGUCUGCACCCGCAUUGCACGCAGAAAGUUGUGAAUACAAAAAGAAAAGGGUACAUCCGUUGCACGCCUGCACUCGCGGCAUCCCUCAUAUUAAUAGUAUUUGUUUUCAGUUGUAAAAUUUUCACCAAUUCAUACAUUAGUAAAUAAUGAUAAAUUUUGGUCACUUUAUUGUGAUAACAGUGAAUAUUUUUGCAUACUGCUGAUGCAGCAUCCGCCACAGACUUGACUAUGAUUUCGUAUUUAUUAUACAAACUUCUUCAAAUAAAUUGGUGAAAUGGUGAAGAAAAGUUGUUGUAUAUUGUCCAUUGUAUGGAUUUAGUCCAGUUUGAGGAGGUUAAAACAAAGAAUAUAUGUGGAGCUUUAUACAGGGCUUGAUGUUUAAAAACAUUUCUGCUCAGCAAAUUUGUAGCACCACUUGGCACUUGUCAUGGCAAGCCUCGUACAGGAGCAAGUCGAGUCCUCCACAAACACACGGCAUCAACAAUUUCGCUGACCUCAGAAUGACAUUUCGUCAAAACUUUUUUCUUCAAGAUUGGUUUAGAAACCAAUUUGGAGUAGGGUUAUAGGUUAGCGUAAGGAUCAAGGUUAGGGUUAGAGUUGGUAUUUGGAGUAGGGUUAGUGUUAGUAAAACCGUUGCUUUGUUACGUUUUGUCACUUUGAGGCCAGCGAAAUAAUCUCUUCCCAAACACAUCCGCUCAUGGCUUCGUUGUACAAAAGACGAGAAAAUCUUCUAGUUUGCCGGAGUAAUAAGCGCCAUUAACUGCGUCACACGCCGACCUUGUUUCACGUUAAUAAUUAUUGUUUGUGUUCGAGGUUGUGCGUUUUGUAUAAUUGUCAAUGUUUUAUAUAAAUGUGCAGUCCGGACGCCCCCAUUGAAAGUUGAAACCAACUUUUGCUGAUGGGGCUGCGUCUUUAAUAAAUAAAGUUUUAAAUAUAUAUUUAAUCAACAACAAAAUACCAGUUUUGGGUAUAUUAAGAUACAUACAUAAAAAAUCUACCACUACAUUAGGGAAGCCUCACAUAUCGAUUUUUUCCACGAGAAACGUCAUAUGUUCGUUUGGGGGUGGGGGGUUGCAGCUUUGAGGUUUCUCAGUAAACAACAUGGAAAAAUUCGAUAGUUAUCAUCUUUGCAGAAUAGAAAAAUUACAUUCGUAAUACCAUACCUGUUCUAUAUACGUAUACAUUUAUACUAUUACGCCUAGCUUGCAUUAAAAGACUCAAGUUUAAAAAAAAAGCGCUAAAAUUAUCAAUAUUUCAUGCAAAAAAAGUUGUUUUGAGAAACGUUGGAAAUUUUGAUGACAUAUUCCUCACGGAAGCAUCGCCAAUAGCCGACCGUAGAAAAUACUAGAAAAUUACCUUGUGUGUACUAUAUUAAAG